UUUGGUUUACGUCACGGAGCAAAUAAAAUCAUUCGAACGAAAUCGUAUUUAGUCAUUCGAAAGACGAAUCUGUGUUCGGAUAAAACUUACGAUAAAAUUUAUUAAUAUGAUCAUUUUGUUACUUAUUAUUUUCGUUGUUCAAGUCAAAACAAAUGAAAAUGUUGAGAAAUUCUAUAGUUUUCCAUGGCAUUAUAAAUGUGAGAAUGGUUUCUGUAAAAAAGAAUUAAUUACAAAGGAAGUAAUUACACCUACUUCAUUGGAAGUAUGUGAAUUAUUUUGCGAUGCAUCAAGUUCCUUAUGGCCAAAACCAACUGGUCACUUAUCUUUGAGUAAAUAUAUGGUUCAACUUGAUCCUGAUAAAAUUUUCUUAGCAAAUUUACAAAAUGGAACACAAAUUAAAUAUCUACUUGAAAAGAAUAUAUUUUUAUUAAAAAAUAAUGUGAAAAAUAGCGGUAAAUUAGCAAAAAAUGGUGGAGUGAGUAUGCUUAUUCGAUGCAUAGAUUACGAAGAAAUAAACAAUAUUAAAUUGACUUUGAAUACGGACGAAAGUUACAAUUUAACUAUAAUACAAAUAGAUGAAAUGCUAUUGGAAGCAACUAUUACGGCGAAAUCAUAUUUCGGUGCAAGACAUGCUUUAGAAACAUUAAGUCAAAUGAUUGUUUUUGACGAUUUAAGGAAUGAGAUUCAAAUUCCCAAUGAAAUAUCAAUUAUUGAUGGACCUGCAUAUCCUUAUCGUGGUAUAUUAUUAGAUACUAGUAGAAAUUUCAUUGACAAGGCAACGAUAUUACGAACAAUUGAUGGCAUGGCCAUGUCAAAGUUAAAUACUUUACAUUGGCAUAUCACUGAUUCUCACAGUUUUCCUUAUGUUAGCAAAACGUGGCCGAAUUUUUCGAAAUUUGGCUCUUACUCGCCUGAAAAGAUUUAUGAUGAAAAUGAUGUGAAAGAAAUCAUUGAAUACGGUCUUAUUCGUGGCAUUAGAAUAUUGCCGGAAUUUGAUGCUCCUGCUCAUGUAGGAGAAGGUUGGCAAUGGAUCGGAAACGAUACAAUUGUUUGCUUUAAAGCGGAACCAUGGAAAGAUUAUUGCGUUGAACCUCCUUGUGGUCAAUUAAAUCCAGCUAAUGAUAAAGUAUAUGAAAUUCUUGAAGGAAUAUAUAAAGAUAUAAUGUUGGAUUUUCAACCAGAUUUAUUUCAUAUGGGUGGAGAUGAAGUGAAUAUAAAUUGUUGGAGGUCUUCGACUUCUAUUACAAAUUGGAUGCAAACUGUUAAACAUUGGGAUCUAUCGGAAUCAAGUUUCUAUAAACUUUGGCAUUAUUUUCAAGAAAAAGCAAUUGAUAAAUUAAAAAUUGCUAAUAAUGGAAAAGAGAUACCUGUUAUUUUGUGGACUAGUGGCUUAACAAAUGAGGAAAAUAUUAAAUAUUUAGAUCCCUCAAAAUAUAUAAUUCAAGUUUGGACAACCAAAAAUGAUCCUGUUAUUGGUAGAUUAUUGCGAAAUAAUUUUAAAGUAAUUAUUUCUAAUUAUGACGCUCUCUAUUUAGAUUGUGGUUUUUCAGCUUGGGUAGGUGAAGGUAAUAAUUGGUGUUCUCCUUAUAAAGGAUGGCAAAUUAUUUACGAAAAUUCUCCUUUAAAAAUAAUAAAAUUGCAACAUUUGGAAAAUAAAAAAAAUUUAAUAUUAGGAAGUGAAGCAGCUCUUUGGUCAGAACAAGUUGAUAGUGCAUCAGUCGAUGCGAAAAUUUGGCCUAGAUCCGCGGCACUUGCCGAGAGAUUGUGGUCUGAACCAAAUUCAGGUUGGAUUCAUGCGGAACAUAGAAUGCUUAGGCAUAGAGAACGAUUUGUAAAAAGGGGAAUCAGUGCAGAAAGUUUACAACCUGAAUGGUGUUUACAGAAUCAAGGCCAUUGUUAUGCAUAAUUUAUCUUUAGAAAAGCAAUGAAUAAAUAACAAUGAUUAUUUC